ACCAGGCGACGGCGAGAGGAGGCGACAGCGGUCGUGCGAGAGGUGACGCCGCAGCUCGCGCUAGCAUGAAGCGCUGGUCGUGUCACGGGAUUGUGCUGUUUGCGCUGCUCAACACCGUAACGCCAAUCGAGUUCUUACACCGGUCGGGACGCUGCAGUGGUGAAGACCAACUGUGCACACCAGUUGUCGAUUGUCCGGGCUACAAGACCAGAGCGGACAUCCUGAACAAGCCACCGACGCCCUGUGGCUUUUCGGGCCGGACGCCGCUCAUCUGUUGCGAGUCUACUGAAGCCACCUCACCGAAGCCUGUAAGCCUCACACAGCUGCUGCCGGAGGAAUGCGGCAACCCUAACAGAACAAUCUCUGUCUUCCGCUUCCGCCGUGACACAACGGCCAUUGAAGCACAUGGCUCACUUCGGGAAGACACUGACUUCUUAGGCCCUGGGACCAUCCAACAAGCUGUCGGCGGCUUUAACGCUAUACUCGGUAAGUGGCCGUGGAUGGUGCUGUUCGGCCGGCGGACGGACGCCGGCAAGCAGGAGUGGUUCUGCGGCGGCGUCCUCAUCACCGACCGACACGUGCUCACGGCCGCCCACUGCCUGCGGCCCGAGCAGACCGCCACCGUGGUCGCCCGCAUCGGCGAACAUGAUCUCACCGCCUUCGACGACGUCAUUCAUCAGGAGCGUAACAUCACCAGCAUCGUGCGGCACCCGCAGUACCACGCCUCGCAGAACGACCUGGCCGUGGUGCGGCUGCAGUCGCCGGUGCAGCUGACGGACGCAGUGCGGCCCAUCUGCCUGCCGCCGGCCGGCUCGCAGCACCACGGCCAGGACGUUGAGAUGGCCGGCUGGGGCCUGGUCGAGUUCGGCGGCGAGACGGCCGACGUGCUGCAGGAGGUGCCGCUGCGCGUGGUCGACGAGGACGCCUGUGAAGACGCCUACCGCCAGGCGCCCGCGUUCAACAUCACAUUUCCCGGCGGCUUUCAGGGCACCAAGAUCUGCGCGGGCAGCCGCGACGACAAACCACGGGACGCGUGUCGGGGAGACUCGGGGGGUCCACUGAUGGUCCAGCUUCCCGACGGCUCCUACCAGCUCAUUGGCAUCGUCUCCACCGGUGUCGGCUGUGGCAACCCCAAAUUUCCCGGCAUCUACACCAAGGUGUCCUCCUAUAUUGACUGGAUCCUCGGCAAUCUUAUUAAGUAGUGUGCCACUACUGGCUGUGACAUUGUGUGCUAAGCCUAUAUAUAUUUUGGUGCACCAAUGUGUCAAACCGUAUGCCCAGGGUCUACUUAAUGGUGUGAACAACAGACUGGUGAUGGUUGCGCAGGAUUCGAAAUGCCUUAAGCCUGGCUGAUCAAGCUGGCUUCAGCUUUCAAAUGUUUGUGUGAUACACGAUAAUCAACGGCGACGCAUUUUCUACAGCGCGCGGUGUUGAAUAACGGAGGACAUAAAUGAGGAAGUCGGAACUAUUCAAAAUGACCUGCUUUGCAACGAAACUUGGGAGUAACGUAGUGAUGUCCCAUUUCCACUUUCUCUCGGUGCAUUUAGAUCACAAUCAGUCAAAAUCCAUCUUCCUCUUCAUGUGCGAUGUAAUUCAUGGACGACCUUUUCCGCGCGGCGGUCAAUAAUCUAAGCGAAUCACGGCGACUCUGUGCAGUGGUACAACCCUUUUGACCCGGAAACUUGCUUCACUUCGAAACUUUACAGCAAGGUGAGCUGUUAAUGGAAUCACUUUUGUCGGCUGCAAUGGUGCCUUUGCACAGCACACAAUAACAAAAUGAUCUGAGCAUUAGCAUACUGAUCAGGCAAAGUACUGUGACAUUUUUCAGAAAGUUUGCUUCCUUAAAAGUGUGACCUAUGUGGAGAGAAUUUAUUUAUUAUGCCAUAUAUCUUAACGCUGGAUAUAAGCAAAGGUCACCUGCUCUUUGAUGUGGUCACACAGAGAUAAUUCAGUAUACCGACGACACCCACGUGCAAGUAGGUAAACUGUGGACUGAGCGGGUUCACAGGGCCAAAUUGUCCGCAUCGAAAGCAGCUCGUGCCUAUUGAUUAAUGGUUCUGCGCUGUUGCCUGUUUCGCAGCCUCACUUGAGAUAGGCAGAAACAAAACCUAACAAAAGCUUGCAGGUUUUCAAUAUCAUGCGCGUCAUGCACGCUUCAACACAAAAAAGCGGCAGAAUGAGAGGACUCUAUGUAUUUCAAGCCACAUGCGGUCUCAUUACUUGUUCAUCUAACCGAAGCGUCUGGCUGCAUCCAUACUAUAAUGCAGAGAUGACCGUGAUGUCCCGACACCGUGCAGAUUGCAUGAGUCAGCUUUGCCGCGUUGUGAAAAGUAAAAGCUCGCAGUGAGUUGCAGUAGGGUAGAAGCCGCGAGGUUCGGGGUUAAGUAUUGUAGAGGCGCUGAUGUCGUGGUUUAGUCCUGUCUGGUAGCUCUCAACCGAUGUGCUAUAAUAUUGUGACUGUGAAUGUUGGUUUCUUUGCGGUGAUGUGCUCUUUUGGCUUGUUUGGUGAUAACUGGAGCUAAAACCUGUCAUAAGAUUGGCGAAUUUUGUAGCCUGGUAUAUGAAAUAUAGCGUUAGAUUUCGUGACUAAGUUGGCUGUGUUGUCAUGAUGACGGUCACGGUGUUUGUUGUUGUCCUCGUAACUACCUGAUCUGACAACAAUGACAUUGACGGGAAGAGGUCUGUUUUUUCCAAAC